CGCAGACGGCGCAUCCCCGUCGCUCACCAUGGCGCAACAGCCCAUGACGCCAUUCUGGCCCAUAUUCGCAUCCAAGUCGGACGGGCAGCAUGUCGUCAACAUCAAAGGGCGGCCCAUACGGAACGGCCCGACCGAAGAGCAGCUCAACAUGUCGCCCAACGAGCAGGGCCAGCGCGACUUCUACCGCCUGAUCGAGAAGGACGAUCCCAAGCACCAGGACUGGCGCAAGAAGCUGGGGGGCAUGCUCCUGCGCGAGAUUGGCGGCAAGCAGUACGAAGACAAGUGGCAGCAGUGCAUUCUGUGGGAGCUGCCCGACAACUACGUGCUGUACGAGCACAUCAAGACCAAGGCAGAUGGCCAGGUCAAGACGGUCAAGAACCACUCUGGCGGCGGACACGACCGGCAGGAUGCCUAUCUGUACGGCUACCCCAAGGGCCCCAAGAAGCGCUUCAGGAGCCCCGUCGAGUUCUUCCCCCACCUGCUCUGGCUGUGCACCGACGAGAACAGCUCCACAGUCAACUGCACCUGCAAGAUGUGCUCGCCAGCGGGCGACGUGGAGAAGCCCCAGCCCAAGGCCGAGGCCAAGCAAGAGCAGACAGUGCCACUCAAGCGCGAGAACAGCUCCAGUGGAACUGUGCCGAACACCAACAACACUAAUAAUACUAACAACACCAACAAUAUCGUCGGCCGCAACCCCGUUGUACAAAUACCUGCACGCCGACCCUCGGCGACAGCGCCGGUGCCGAGCCCCAUUAUCAAGCCAGCUACACCUGUCCCCGCUCAGAUGCCCGCUCCCAGCGCGCCGCAGAUCCGUGCCCCUCCCACUCUACAGUCGACGCUUCUCCCCCAGCCACGGUCACUCGAGCAACAGGCAGAUCUCACGUACAACAAGUUUCUCUGUCGCACCGGCGAGGUGGUGUGGUUCUUUCGGCCCAAGACAUCGGCCUGGGGUCUUGGGCUCGUGGUAAGAAGAUGGGCUUUGAAGGAGAACCCCAUGAACAGGUCGUACCAGGUCCAGCCACUAUCACAUCCCUACGAGUCCCUUCCACAGGAGGUUAUCCACACAGACGAGCACAUCAAGCCCUGGCUCGCUUGGUCCGCGCCUAGCUGCACGUAUCCCUUCUUGCAGCAAAACCCACAGCUGGAGUAUGGCAAUACUGACUGGAGAGCGCUCAUAAGCGGACAGGGUGGCGAAGGCAUCGCUUCUGUGGAUGCGUCUAUUCUGGCAGCCAAGGCUAUCGACACCACAUAUACGCUCUUCGAAUGCCUCAAGACCUCCAAGGACGAUAAAGGCAACGAGUUUCGACAGUACAACGGCAUCUAUCUAGGUGCUGAAAAGAUAUGGAGGGGCGAGGCUGUCCGCUUACGCAUUGGCGCUACAGGGAGCGAUCUGAUGGUCAUCACCGACAUCAUCGAGCAAGUCCUUGCCAAUCCUGCGGCGAAUCAGCCCAGCACAAAAGUGAUUGCAGUCGGUGAUGUCUAUAGCUAUGCAACGUUGGACGCCCCAGACCCAAAUCUCCCUCCAAAACCACCGCAACAAAAUCCCAAUAUACCUUCUCGUAUGGUCCAUGACAUGGUAUGGCGGAACCGCUUGCUAGUACCCGUCACGCGCACGGCGGCUUGGUGGAAACUCAUACAGCCAUCAUACAAGCUAGACAUGGACGACAUCAAGGGCCGGUGGUACGAAACUAGUCUCAUUUUCCAAGAGCCAUUCACCAAGGCAGUUAAGAAUGGCGAAGGGGGUAAUGGCAUCUGGAUGAAUUCCCGUGGCGAUGCGACAGGCAAGGGUAGGGGAACGAGUAUCCCGCAGCCUGAUCGUGUUGGCGCCUUUGGUGCAUCUGUGCCAAAGGGUACGCGCAUCAUCGAAGGCAUCGAUCCACCGAGCCAGCCCAUGGGCCAGCCACAACAAUCGCAUGACGGAAUGGAAAUGGGCAUGAACACGGGCAUGACGGAUCCCUUCUCGAUUGACGAGUUCAUGCAUGUCGACCAUCUAGGUGACGAGACGGGCAUGGAAUUUGGCGGUAACACCAACUAUACAUUUUAGCAAGGCUGGCGUUUGUUGCGAUUCCAAUUGCAUUUACGGCGCGACAUGGAGAGUCUCCAUAAAAGCAUUGAUAUUCGAAAGGAGCGUAGGACUGCAACUCAUUGUGUGGGAGAUACCCAGAUGCUAUUCAGAAUAUAAA